GCUCAUAGAACUGUCAUCGUACGAGCAUUGAAAGGGCUUGAAGACAUUAUUGGAUUGAGUGUUGUUGAUUACUUUUUGAGUGAAAAAGGAUGGAAAUUUAGUACUCCCGAGGAAUCUCCUGGGUGCAUUCCAGACACUGUAAAUAAUGCUCAGUAUCUUAGCGAAUUAUAUUUCAAAGCUAAUCCUGAUUAUGAUGGAAGAUACACUGUACCUGUUCUUUGGGAUAAAAAAUUGCAAAUAAUUGUCAACAAUGAAUCGAGCGAGAUAAUCCGUAUUUUUAAUGAUGUGUUCGAUGAUUUCGUUCCAGAAACAAAGGGCAAAACUUUUUAUCCAAAACAUCUUGCAAGCGAAAUUGACAAAAUAAAUGAUUGGAUUUAUAACAAAAUUAACAAUGGUGUUUAUAAAUGUGGAUUUGCUACAACUCAAGAUGCUUAUAUGAACCAUAUUGGACCUCUGUUCGAAGCUCUGGAUGAUGUGGAAGCUAUUCUUUCUAAAAAUGAGUUUCUUGUCGGAAAUACUUUUACUGAAGCCGAUAUAAGACUUUGGACCACUGUUAUUAGAUUCGAUCCAGUUUAUCACACGCAUUUUAAAACAAACUUGAAAACCAUUAAACACGACUAUCCAAACAUUCUUCGUUGGGCUAGGCAAAUUUAUAAAAUUCCUAAAGUUGCUGACACUGUCAAUAUGACUCACAUCAAAAAUACUUACUACAAAAGUAUGAAGAACAUUAAUCCACAUGGAAUUGUCCCUGUUUACAACGGACCUG